AUGCUACCAGACGCAGGCCAUGAAUCUGAGAGUUUCAGAAAUGCUCACGACGAAUCUGUCGAAGCCUCUGAUCGAAUCUCUGCCCUCAUUCGCCACGCUAUUUCUAACCUUUGGCCUGUGCUUUUUCGGAGCUGGCCGAAGCGUGAAGAGGCGAACUUCGAUCACGGCGUUCAGCAGGAAACUGAACUCGAAGCAAGACGUUUGGCCACGGAACAGCAUGAGCCACCAGAGGUAUCCGCUGCCGGCGUGGAGUGGGCAGUCACCUCCUGUUACCGAAGACCAGACAGCACAGGGGGUCACCGAGGGGACGACGGCAUUGCUGACCUCAUUGCAGGGGGCCCCGGACAGUCCCUGCUCUCCCGAAAGGCCGUACUUUCUUUGGCGAACGUGGCAGGCACAACACAGAAGCCAACUCCACAGUGGCUUGUUUCUGACCGCAUAGACACCGGCUAUAUGCAGUAUGGUUACAAAACGGCUGCCGCCCUCGACGCGUCUGGUGCUCUAGGUUCGCACGCGAAUCUAGAAACUCGAGUUGUCGAGGAAGCUGUAGUACCAGAAGACGACAUGGAUAUAACACAAAUGAUAACCGCUGCAUUCCUUGAGUACAAAUCAGACUGGCAGGAGUUUUCACAUUACUUGUGGAGCCGGUUCCUUGGGCAUUCAAAGUACAUCCUUGCACUUCGGAGUGCCGAAGUUUUGGAAAGUGCCAACCUCGCGAGACCAGCGAAGGACCUGGUGGAGUCGGAGCACUUCAACAGGGGAGAAGCAGAACGCCUUGCAGUCUGUAUUGCACUGGAAGGGUGUCUUGGAGACUCUCCGACUGCGAUAAUGAUGCGCGCCUCUAGGUGCGUGGAUGCUCUUGGAAUCACCGCCUACCACGCCAUGCCUAGCGUGCUUAAGCAAGACGACAGAGCGACCUUACACAAGCUGUUCAUCGACGCUUAUGCAGAACUCUUGAUGGCAUUAGAAGCGAUCCUCGAAAUUCCAGUCGGGGAGCGGUUCCAACAAGGGCUCUAUGAGCAGCAGUUGGAGGAUCGUCUUCGCGCUGUCGAUACCUCCGCUGGUAGCCGUAGUUCAUUGGAGGCUGCGACAAUGCAAAGCAUGAGCUACUGCGAUGCGACAGCACGAACGCGCCGUCAGGAGCUUGCACUGUUCCUCCUGACGAAUGCGCGGAUGGUUGCGGACGCUAAUAAACUCAGGCUUCCUUCGACGACGAUAACUGCCCUCCAGGAAUUAGCUGUUGACGGAAAAACCGCUUCUAACACUCUGUUGAAUCUCGUUCUUGGCGAGCUGCAAACCACGUGCGCCUCGGCGAUAGCUCGUGGGGACCAUGGGAUUAACCUUAUCAAACGAUGUGUGACAGAUUUCAUCAAUGAGAUGCCUAGUCCUCUGUCGAAGGCGUUUUGUGCCGACAAGGUGGACACUUUGGCCAGAAUCCUUCAGUCAGGUGCUGAAAUACAGAAGCCAACAAACUCAUACCUGCAGCAAGUCGAUCACAUCGCCACGAAGACGUCAGAUAUUCUAAAGGAUUUGGCGAUGCAGGAGGCACGAAGCUUCCGUUUCCUUCUUCCUUUUGGGUACAACACCCCUCGAGUUGCAGAGCUCGUAGACAUGCCACGGGACCAACUGGUGGCUGUAGCGGAGGCUUUCGCCCUCUCCCAAUACGCUGAAGAAGCUGACAUGCAGAAACUGACUGUUGCUUCAAACAAUGCGUCUUCAGAUUUAUUCGCGUCCGAAUUAGUCUCCGAAUUAAAGAGUGCACAUCAAAAGAUGCAGAAUGGUCUUUCGCUCCCUGAUGUGCUUCGAAAACACACUCGCCGCAAAAAUAAAGAUUUCCGCCUAGAACUUCCGAUGAUGUUUAUGGUCGACUCAAUGUAUGGGUGUGCAAGACAGAUGGCGUCUGUCAUUCUCAAUGACAAAUCUGUUCAACCAACAUGCCAAUUAACCCGCGGAACCCCGACUGCAAUCGCCGAUUGCGUUAGUCCGUCGGAGGAGCUUGCGAAAGCAAUGCUUCGUGAACCAAAGCUUCUGCAGAUCCGCGCGCCUCAUUGGCUGUCUGCUAAUGGGGUUGCCGAAGAGUGCCGCCUCAUGGAGAGACUACUAGAUGAGGGCGUGGCCGGUGGUGAUUUCAAAUUUCUCGUUAUGUCAGAGCUGGAGAAAUAUGACUGCGGAAAAGAUCCACUUAACCGAGACUACUGGGCCCGGUACGCGCUCAAGACAGAGAUGCUCAGGGACCUGUAUCAGCGGUAUGCCGUGGAAGAGACGACUCCCACAGUUGAGGAUUUCAUUCUGAACAUGUUCGGCAUCAAUGUUAAGGAGUUCGAGAGGUCAAAGAAAGUCGAGGUCCGUAGCUCAAAACUGUUGAUUCAGCGUACAUUUCAAAAAGUUAUCAGAGAUCGCCCGUACCUUGCACAAUGCCGCCAAGACGAGGCAACUUUCCUCAAUGAGCUCGGCCUCUCUCUUCGGCACAUCCUCAGCCAGAUCACUCGCGAAGAAACUGGCGAGCUCCCGAGGCAAGGAACGGAGCAACUGAUAUCAAUCAUUCAGCCUGUAAUAGAAAACGCAUCACUCGAAAGAGAUGUUGCAGUGGAGCUGAAAGCGACCAUCGAGCCUUUUGCGUAUGCGCUUCUGCCAAAACACCAACACUUGAUUGGUGAGUUCUGUGUGACCGAAUCGAAAGUAUAG